AUGUAUGUUUGAGAUUGACAAUGAGAAGAAGUGCGGAUCCGUGAUAGCGCCCAAAAAAUUUCAUCAUCACGAAAAUUUUCUCUUUUUGUCGGGGUUGUCGCCAUCAAAGGGUCAGCUCGUGGAGCAAGCGAGAGCUUUGAGAAGGAAGAUAAUAAUUCUCUAAAGAAAAUGGAUGACAAGGGAAAGUCUGUGGCGAAUGUGAAGGACGGCGAUGGCACCCAAACUACCGCAGCAGCGGUGCCAAUGCAAAACCAACUAUCAAGUAGUGCCGAUUAUCAAGUGCUUUCGCAGAUUUUCCAACAGGCCAGCACUGUUACAAUCAAUUCAAUCAAUAUUACCAACUUUCUGAAUGAGCGCCCUGCUCAAAAUCAAAAUCCCCAGCGCGAGGAGACCGCAGUUGCGCCUCAGGAUAACUUUGUCUCAAAACCGCCGCCAUUUGCAACGUCCUUCGGCAGCAUAACCGACGAGCCCAUUGGAGUUGCUCCUAUUGAAAGCGAGAAUGCCUCUGAGAUGACGCCUCAGCCAGCCUGUCAACCUGAAGUCCUAAAGCUAAGUAAGCAGAUGAAUGUGGAAGAGUCGGUGACCAAGGAAUGUGCCCAGGGCAUUGCCAGAGCUGUGCAGGUGGUGCUGGCCAAGGAGGACCACACCUUCGAACUGGACGAGCAGGCCCUUGAGGACAUUUUGAUGCAGGACCAUGUCAAAGACCGGCAUGUGGUGGUGGUCUCCGUGGCCGGCGCCUUUCGCAAGGGCAAAUCCUUCCUGCUGGAUUUCUUCCUGAGAUACAUGAAAGCGCAGGGCAAUGAAGACUGGUUGGGCGAGGAAGAAUCACCUCUGGACGGUUUUUCGUGGAGAGGAGCCUCGGAAAAAGGCACCACUGGAAUUCGAAUGUGGUCAGAAGUCUUCCUAGUUGAUCUUCCUGUAGGCGAAAAGGUCGCUGUUGUCCUAAUGGAAACUGCAGGCGAUUUUGAAAAUGAAAUCGCGGUUAGGGAAUGCGCCCCUGUAUUUGCCCUCAGCACCAUUAGCAGCUCUGUCCAGGUCUACAAUUUGUCCCAGAACAUCCGGGGUUUUGAUCUUAAGCACUUGCAGAUCUUCACUGAGUUCAGUCAACUGGCCUUCAAAGACUACUUCAACAAUCCAUUCCAAAAGCUGCAGUUUCUAAUCAGAGACUGGAGUUACCCUUACGAGGCCAAAUACGGUUCCGAGGGAGGACAACAGAUCUUUGAUCGCAAACUAAAGGUCUUGGCAAAACAACACCCAGAGCUGCACUUGUUGGGAAGGCACAUUACGUCAUGCUUUAAGGACAUCUCCUGCUUCCUGAUGCCCCACCCUGGCCUUCAAGUGUCCACCAAUCCCAAUUUUGAUGGUAGACUCAAAGAUAUAGAGACUGAUUUUAAACAGCAUUUGAGUGUCCUGGGGCCAUUGCUGCUGGCACCAGAUAAUUUGGUCAUAAAAGAGAUUGGUGGGCAAAAAGUCAAGGCAAAUGAGCUUUUUGAAUUCUUCAUCAAGUCCUACACUCGGAUCUGUAAGGGCAGUGAUUUGCCUGAGCCUCAGCCCUUAAUGGACCGACUGAAAGAAUCUGCCUUGCUGCCAACUGGGCAAGUUCAAUUUGGGUCUCUAGAGCCACCGCUGCUUACCACCAUCACGGUUCCUUCUAAACAAGUGCCCAACGCAAGUGCAACUGAACUGCCAGAUUCUCCAAGGGACACUACUGUUGAUGAAUCCACCAAGAUGAGGCCGGAGUUGUACAAAUGGCCUGUGAUUUGUGAGCUCAACAGGAACUACAGUUACCAGCCUACGUAUGCUGGGCACUCGUUCCUAUACCACAACAAUAUAUUGGAUCCAAACGACCCUAAAAUAAAUUAUCUGAAGGUCUUCAGGUGCACUAAAUAUCAAAGAGCUGGCUGCACUGCAUACGUCAAAACAGAUUUUGAUAUGACACAGUACAAAGAGGACCCAGCAACCACAGCUAUCCACACGUGCCUCCAAGAACAAGUCGCUUCGGAAGAAACUCAGGCUGAAAGAGAAAAGAAACUGGCGGCUACAAACAAUGAAAACUAGUUGGCGCAGAAGAAGGAACCCUGACUUUGAUUCGGACGAGUGCCCCAAAAAGAUGGCCAAUCUGGACAACUAGUAAGGAGUGGAUCUUGUUAUUAUAUUUAUGUGUUUGUAAAUCAUAUUCAAGCAUUAUUUAUUUUGGGCCAUAAAUUUCAAUACAAAUAGCUAGACUUAGUUGUAAAUUUGAAGGACGCAACGACUAAGGCAACCACCAAACUAUAACUGAAUCCCUCUUGUAAUGAAUAAAUUGUUCUUUAAGCUGUGCCUGGUAAAUAUGCUUGCCAAUUUUAGCCCUAUCAAACUUUA